UGGUAGCACCAGCCCUGGAGGAAAAGGGGUGGAGCUAGGCACUGACUGCGGCGGAGCGCAGCAUCUGCAGAGGACAAGGAACGCUCCUUUGCAGGUCUGACAUCUUCCAAAAUGAGCGGCCUGGAUGGGGGCAACAAGCUCCCCGUCUCGAACACCACGACCCCUGACCAUGCCCCAGGAGAACUCGACCUAAAGCAGGGCGAGGGGCUCCGCGAGGAAACCGACGCGGUCCGGGCGAUGGCGGAUGCAGGUGAGGGCAGCCCCGAGGCCGCUGCAGAGGGAGGCGCGCCCCGGGAUUCCGAGGACUGCGGCCCCGCGCUCGGCCUCGGAGCGGCAGGGAAUCGCGGAGGUGCAGCAGCCGAAGCGGGGCUGGAAGAUGCUCUGUUUCCAUCCAAGGGCGAGGACGCAGCCUCUGCCUCUGAGGCAGCCGACUACAGCAAUAAAAAUGGCUGUCAGCUUGGAGGGCCGGGCAGCCCUGCUGGACCGAAGGCUCUGGAAGCCUGUGGUGCGGUGGGCCUGGGGUCUGAGAUGAUGGCGGGGGCGAAGGCCAAGGAAGCUAAGGCUACCAAGUGCGCCAUCCCUGCGGCUGCGGAAAAGGAGGGAGAGGCAGGGGCAGUGAUGCAGGAAAAGAAGGUGGUGCCGAAGGAAAAAAAGGUGGCUGGAGGAGGGAGGGAGGAGGCUCGUCCCAGGGCCCCGAAGAUCAAUACUUGCAUGGACUCCCUGGAGGCCAUCGAUCAAGAGCUGUCAAACGUAAAUGCCCAGGCCGACAGGGCCUUCCUGCAGUUAGAACGCAAGUUCGGGCGGAUGCGAAGGCUCCAUAUGCAGCGCCGGAGUUUCAUCAUCCAAAAUAUCCCAGGUUUCUGGGUCACCGCUUUUCGGAACCACCCCCAGCUGUCGCCUAUGAUCAGUGGCCAAGAUGAAGACAUGAUGAGGUAUAUGAUCAAUUUGGAGGUGGAGGAACUUAAGCAUCCGAGAGCAGGCUGCAAAUUCAAGUUCAUCUUUCAGAGCAACCCCUACUUCCGAAAUGAGGGGCUCGUCAAGGAGUAUGAGCGCAGGUCCUCUGGCCGCGUGGUGUCGCUCUCUACUCCAAUCCGCUGGCACCGGGGCCAAGACCCCCAGGCCCACAUCCACAGGAAUCGGGAAGGGAACACGAUUCCCAGUUUCUUCAACUGGUUCUCAGACCACAGCCUCCUAGAAUUCGAUAGAAUAGCUGAAAUCAUCAAAGGGGAGCUGUGGUCCAAUCCACUACAAUACUACCUGAUGGGCGAUGGGCCCCGCAGAGGCGCUCGCGGCCCACCCAGGCAGCCGGUGGAGAGUCCCAGGUCCUUCAGGUUCCAGUCCGGCUAAGCUGUGCUCCUUCGAGAACCUCCUGCAGAAGUCUCCUUACCACCUCCUCUGCUUGGCCAGCAGCAUGCAGCCUCUGUCUGCUUUCUCUUCGUACUGAAUUGUGUCCUUCGGUUCUUGUAAGUCUUCAGUAGCUUCAAGAUUGUGACUUACAGGUCUCUGCUCUUUCUCUGGGCCAUCACGCUGUUCUGCAUAGUGUUCACGUGUUCCAAGUGCAUGGCCUUCAAACUGCUUCUGUGCCAAGCUCGAUGCUGUAGAUACGGACUGCUUUCCUUUGCAUGGCUUGGUUCCUGUCUGUGACCGUGGUCUUCUUCCAGUGUUUUAAGUGGUUCUCUACCACAAGGAAGCUUGACACAUCUUUACCAAGAACUAGCCAGGCUUCAUCAUGUCUGCCGACUGUGUUCCUGAUAUCCAUGUACUGUGACAUGCCCUGAGUUUCAGCACUGCAAGAUGAAACUGUAUCCCAACCCAGCCAUCAACUCAAACUGGACAUUCCAGACUGUCACUAACUGACAGGCUGCCUUCCUGGGCUUUUGCUGUCCAUCCUGCUUGUUAUCUGGUACAACAAGCAGGUGGCUGGCGGGUGACUACUAGCCAUGAAGUGACAGAUGAGUGUUUUAUGUUACCACAUUGGUCUUGUACCUUUGGUUACUGUGCAUCGUGAUCAGCUACUGGUGAGUAUGAAAGCCUUGCUAGUAUUCACCACUUGUUCUCUCCUGGUUGAGCUUUGCACAGGCCACCACUGUUCUGUGAACCUUAGUUCCUAGGCAGCACACAGGACCCCCUACCCUGUGAUUACCCAUAACUGCUUUGGGGGCAGUCACAUAUGGCACUGCCCAAAGUAAAGCUGGAAUGGCUCCCUUCCAGCAGUUGUUUUUUGUGAGCCCUAGCCAACAGAUUACCCAGAAUCCAGGCAACUCUGUUAGGGAACCCUCCUUUUCCUCUUUCUACACCUCCUCUGAUGAAGUCAAAGUUGCCUGGCUUGGGACAUAGGGCUUGCUAUGGCUGUCUUUCUUCAGCUCUUCUUUUUUCCUCCCCCUUUCCUUCCCUCCCUUUCUCUCUGAAGCAUUUACUGCUCAGACACAGAAAACAAACAUCCCAGCAGGCCCUGUAGUGUGCUCUUGCCUUGGUUGUGUCCAGGGAGGAAAAGACUCCAGGUCUCUUACUGCCCUCCUGUUCCACCCUUAUUUCACCAACAUCUGAGUAUUUCACCGGGAGACCAUCUCCACCCCACCCCCACCCCCCUAUGCUUCUUGAGCUCGAGUUUGAAAAUCUGGGAGAAGGGCCUCAAUGCUAGGCUCAAGCAGACUCUGAGCAGGAUGGGAGCUAAAGCAACUGCAACUUCCCUUCCUUCCAGGUUUCUAAAGAUAGCAAUACUUUGUGGGGGCUUUGGACUGUAGAAAUGACCAGGCAGCAUGUGGGGCAUCCUUGUCCUAUUGCCUGGCCUUGGUCCUCACUUGUCAGCUAUUGAAUUUCCUUCCUUGUUUCAAGCCUAACUAAAAAGGAAGCGGGCUGUAGUGUGCAUUGUCGGAGAUCCCAAGCCUCUUCUGAGGGAUAAGGUUAUGUGUGGUGUCUGCAUUCCAGUAGGUGAGCAGCAGUGCUGUUAGGGAUCUUAGUUGUCAGGGUGCACAGUGACCUUAGGCCCUCACCCUUCUGACUUGAAGGACUUGCCCAAGGCUCUCCCAGGGCUAAGGAGGUUUGGGUAGUCAGUGGAGGGAGGGGUGCUCCAGGCUGGGAAUGUAAGUAGAGGGCUAGAAGCAAAAGCAAGCGUGCUGGGGAGUGAGGUUUGCUAGACCUGCAGUGAAGACUGAAACAGUAGGAGCAGGGGUGGGGGCAGGGUCCCUGAGGCACUGCCCAGCAGAGGCUUGAUGUUCGAAAAGGAUGCUUGCAGAGGCUUUUCCUUCAGUUCUUCCUAACUCCUCAAAUUCACCACAUUUUUUUUUUUUUUAAUAAAGGCAAGUCUUGAUGUUCUCUUAUGAAUCUAGGAGUGACCUUUAUGUCUGUGGGAGAUUAAUGGUACAUAUUAUUUCACUGUGCUUGACUAAAAUCCUAUUAUUCCCUUUCUCCAUUUCAGCCUACUGGUAAAAUUGAUGUUUACAAGUCUGCUUUUUGCUUGUAAUAGAGAACAAGUGGCAAAAUUUCAAAUUUCUGUCCUGUGCAGUAUGAAGAAUUCUGUGAAUAUUCAUUAAUAGAUUAACUUGUUUUGGUGUCUGUUCAUAAUAUAGCUGUAUUCUUAGAAAUAAAAUUCAAAUAAUGUGAUCUUGAAGUUUGAAGAUUUUGCAAAUUGUUGCUUUGUCUUGUAAAAGUAAUUUCAAAAAGAAAAAAUGUAACCUGUCUUACUUGAUAUUUCUUGCUGUAGUAAUACUUGACAUUAUGUUCCUAAUCAGUGUAAGGACCAACAGAAUUGUUGUCAGCUAAACGAGGGUCAUUAGUACUUUGUCUUCUCUGAUGUGCUUGAAGGAAAAAUAAAAUAUGUCAUUGUUAUGUUUCUUGUUUUCACCAAAAUAAAAACGAAUAAAAAGUGC